AUGCGUCGCCACCAUUGGGCCAUCAAGUCCUGGGCAUUGAUUCUGUCCAUCUCGGGGAAAACAGUAUCCACUUUUCCAGUUUGGUAUAAACUUCGAAUAUUCCAUGGUCUGGCCUGGACAUUUGGGAAACAGUUAUUGAGCGAGAAUCUUACAAUAAUCAUCCUCGAAACGGGUCCAGGGACAUGCCACGCCCACGGGGGCCACGCUGAAGGAGGGGCUAUAAAUAGAGUGCAAGAAGGUGCAGUUGGUCAGUGUGGCUCACGACAGACGCGGCGAAUCAACAUGAGGGCUCUGGUAAUUUUGGCAGUGCUAGGUGUGUGCUCUGGCUACAACUGGCAGGCCUCCUACGGCGGCUACGGCGUGUACGGCGCCCCUUACCAGCGGAAGUGGACCGGACCCGUGGCGGCCACCGUCCCGGCGGGCGUCGACGGUACCAUUACCCAGGUAUCUGAUACCUACGAGGUAACCGCUGCACGCAAUGCCUUCUUCAAUGCAUACAACGCCCAGCUGGCUGCCGUUGGCGCGUACCGUUACGGUACACCCGCUUAUCAUCAUGCCACGCCGGCGGUGCACGUCAGCGUAGCAGCGCCCGCCGCCCACUACUCCGCCCUCAGCUACGGCGGUGCACCUGCUCCAGUCGGUGACACGCCCGCCGUGGCCGCCGCCAAGGCUGAGUUCUUCCGUCUGUACAACCUGCAGGCGGCAGCAGCAGCCGCGGCUCCAGAUCACGAUAACCAUCGCUACUAUAAAGAUCCCAACGAUUAUGCUCAAUGUCGGAAGCUGACCGAACCCGUUGCAGCCACCGUCCCGGCGGGCGUCGACGGUACUAUCACCCCGGUAUCUGAUACGUGCGAGGUAACCGCUGCACGCAAUACCUUCUUCAAGGCAUACAACGCCCCAGCUGGCUGUCACGGGCAUAACAUAUCUAUGAAUGUGGCUGAUUCAAGGUCAAGCCACACCCAUCAGAGCCCCAUUGACGCUGGAACUAUAAAUACUGUGCAAGAGGCAAGAUACAUGCAGUGCGACUCACGACAAGCAACGCAGGACGUCAUGAAAUCUUUGGUUGUGUUGGCAGUGCUGGGAGUGUGCUCCGCCUCCACCUGGCAGGCCACCUACGGCGGCUACGGCGUGUACGGCGCCCCUUACCAGCGGAAGUGGACCGGACCCGUGGCGGCCACCGUCCCGGCGGGCGUCGACGGUACCAUCACCCCGGUGUCUGAUACCUACGAGGUAGCCGCUGCACGUAACGCCUUCUUCCAGGCAUACAACGCCCAGCUGGCUGCCGUGGGCGCGUACCGUUACGGUACUCCCGCCUACCACCACGCCACGCCGGCGGUGCACGUCAGCGUAGCAGCGCCCGCCGCCCACUACUCCGCCCUCACCUACGGCAGUGCACCUGCUCCGGUCGGUGACACGCCCGCCGUGGCCGCCGCCAAGGCUGAUUUCUUCCGCCUGUACAACCUGCAGGCGGCAGCAGCAGCCGCGGCUCCAGAUCAUGAUGCUCCUCGCUACUAUUACUAAUAUGUACAGGAACUUUAUAACAUAUCAAUGAAUGUGGGUCAGUCUUA